AUGGAUGAUUCACAAAAUUCUGCUGAUUUGAUUCAUAUGGCAUCCGAUACAGAACCAAAUCUAUUGCUAUCAACACAAGCCAACAUCAAGUAUAGACCAAUGCCUGAUCCAUUAUCUGUUUACGUCCCAUUAAAUUCUCUAACUGAGGAAACCGUAGAUUCUAUUGUUUCAACUGUUUCAACUGUUCCACAAUCUGAUAAGACAGAAUGGAGUUUUAGUAGACGUACUUUACUCGCUUUUUUGCUUGCAAUUCACAAUAAACUGAGUCGAAUCGAACAAAACGACUCGACCAUGAAACUUGAUAGACAAAUUGUAGAAUAUGCUUCAAAAGUUCGACAAUGGCUUGUACAUAAAAAUCAUUCGGGUAAUAUCAUCAAGGAACUUGAUUGGACUGAACUUCGUGAAACAUAUGACAAAAUGGCUAAAGAAACAGAUGAUGGCAAUGCUAAGUAUUUUGGUGUCAAAAAUGCUGAACCAUAUUUUGAGUUAACUAUUGAACGAGUACAUCCUGAUAUAAAUCAAUCUCGCGAAUAUAUGACCCGUUUUCGAAGUCAUGGUUGGGAACCUAAUGAAUUAAAAAUCUACUGGAAUCUACAACAACUUGAGAAUCUUUGUCCAAAAGAUGAAACACAAAUUAAACAAGUACACAAAAGAAAUGAAGAAAAAAUUGAUGUCAACAAUGAAACAAAACUUGAAGAAAAAUGUGAAUUAAAUCGUACUCAAGAAGAUUUUAAAAAUCUCAAUAUACAGUCCAAAACUAACGAAGAAUCAAAAGAUGAAGCAAAAUUCGAAAUAGAAAAAGAAGUAAAUGACCCAGUAAGAGACGAAGUCAAAGACCAAUCAAGUGAAGAAAACAAUAGAGAAAAAGAUAAAACAAACGAAGAGGUAGAAAAUGAAAACCUAUUACUAGAACAUGAUCCAUCUGAUGCAGAUGCUGCAGAAGCUCUACGCCAAUAUCCAGUUUCGAAAAGAAACAAUGCUGGAAAGAUAACAUAUAUUAAUCAAGGUAUUGAAAAGGCUGUUUUUGACAUACCAGAAAAUGCACAAAUAAUUGUUCUUAAUUUUGCUAAUGAACGAGUGGCUGGCGGCGGAUAUUGCCGGCAUGCUUGGGCACAAGAAGAAAUAAUUCUUUAUAAUUCUGAUGGUUAUCGCUCAUUACUUGAUCUAAAAUACGGACGCAUGAGUGGUGGAUAUGCUAUACCAGAAUAUGGUCUUGCUUAUGUUCGUGAUAUACGCUUUUUCGAUGAUAAAACCGGCAAAGACCGUAAAGCAGAUAUGUUAGUUUCUGCCUGCUAUUGUCUUACUCGUUCACUGCAACUUUAUGCAAAUCCAACAUCAGAAGAUGAGUGGAAAACAAAAACUCUAGCGAAAUUUCAAGCAUUCAUGGCUGCAGCUAUUGCUAAUACAAAAGGUGAUGGAUCAAAUACUUAUCUCUUACUGGGACCUAUUGGUACGGGUGCGUUUGGAAAUGAUGUUAUUGAAAUCGGAAAUGUAUUUCGGAAAGUACUUACAUCAAAAUUAAUGGGUUCACAUCGUCCGAUUUCCAAAGUUUUCGAGAAUAUUUGGUUUGUUUCGACAGAUAAAUGGAAAAAUGAUGAAUUCGAAAAAAUUAUGCGUACAAGUGACAUAAACGAUAUUUAA